CAAUGUGUCAGGCAAGACGGGGAGGGUUUUCCAGGAGACGCCCGGUCCCUGGUAACCGGCGCCGCGUUGCUAAGGAGACGGGUGGACGGCGGUAGAAGGUGGCGUGGAGGAUGGAGAAGCCCCGGGGGCAGAAAGAGGCGCCGAGUGGGGCGGCUUCUCUGGAUUCCUGAUGUUUGACCCUUUACUGCUUCACCGCCUUCUGUCAUCCGUCCUCCGCUGGGAUAAUGGGGAAAUUCCAAAGUAAAGUCAAGCGUAACAGCUCUAAAUACAGGGCUGACCGUCAUGUAGAGGAGAGCACGCCGGUGGAGACCAUCCCGCAGUACAGCCGGGUUCACAAUGAUGCCGUCACAUAUAUCGCUGCUCUGAAAUCCGACCUGUGUGUUUCAGGUGGCAAAGACAAGGCUGUCAUUGUCUCUAACUGGAGAACGGGCACCGCCCUGAAGAGAUUUGUGGGGCACAGCCGGGAAGUGUCUAAGGUCGCCUGCGUGUUCGGAUCCAACCGUUUCUUCAGCGCCUCCCGGGAUAAGACCGUUCUCAUGUGGGAUCUUCAUUGUAAAGCCGGCAGCGCUCAAAAGUACAUCGGACAUCAUUUAAUUGUCACUGGAUUAGCAGUAAGCCCUGAUUCUACCAAACUGGUAUCAGGGUCUCGAGACAACACUCUGUGUAAAUGGGACGUAGAGUCUGGACAGUGUCUUCUCAAAGCUGCUGUGUCCAGAAAUCUAGUCACUCACCUGUGCUGGGUCCCGGGAGGGUCCUACAUUGUCCAAACCUCUGAGGAUAAAACUACCCGCGUCUGGGACACCCGUGACCUGCAGGUGGCGCACACGUUCCCUGUGAAGCAGUACAUUCAGAUGCACUGUGAUGUCAGCGAAGAUGGCAAUUACUGUGUGACCAGCAGCAAUGGGUUCGGAGGACAGGGCUGUGAAGCUACGCUGUGGGACCUCCGACAGACUAAGGACCUAGUGUGCGAAUAUAAGGGGCACCUACAAAGCACCACAUCCUGCAUUUUCCUUCCGAAGGGGAUAUGUGACACCCCACUCGUGGCCACCACAUCCCAUGACUGCACGGUGAAGGUUUGGGAGCGAGAUACUGCUGUGUGUGUAAGCAGCCUGUUCCUGGACGGCUCGGGGCCUCUUUCAUCCUUGGCUGUUUGUAAUAACACAUCCAUCCUGUGUGCCAGCUUUAACUCAGGAAUUCAGUCCCUGCACAUAGACUGCAGCAGGGGAACCUCACUACAACAGGUGGCAAAGUUCUAAAUGUGGCGCCGCCCCCGUCACCUAAUGUCAAAUCACUGCAGCAAGGAUCUUCGCAUUGUGUACGGGGCGAGGGGGGGGGGGGCGGCUCAUACCUCCUAGCACUUCUACAGACUGACAGGGGAACGAUGUUGGUCGCACAAGACUAUGGCGCUCCUGUGCGGUCCUGCUGCCAAUGGCGACCUCUGAUGAGAAAUGAUACCCGGCGGCUCAGUGGUUGGCAUUAUAGCACAUGGGCCAGCGUCUGCAAGGGGAUCGUAUGUUCUCUGUGAGCCGCCAUGUACUGAGAUGUAGCACUGCCUAUCCGCGACCUGUCCUUGUGAUGAACACUCACACUUGAAGCCGUUUCCAUUAGUAAAUAAGCACUUAGAUUUGUAGCACCAACCUGAUUUCAUCAAUUGUGACCAAUAUCUUUUUUUGUACAUUUUUUUUUUAUGUUUGUGUAUGUAGAUUAUUAUUGUAUGUUCUGUGUUUUAUUGCAAUGUUCUAUGUUAUAUUUAUGUAGAUUCGGCUUUAAAGAUCAGCAGCUGCCCAUCACCUUUGCAGCUGUUUGUCUUAGUACAGUGGUCUCCAAACUGUGGCCCUCCAGA